CCAACCCCAGUAGGAGAGGGCGGAGGUAAGAGUCACCGUUCAGGAACGGGCCUCUCCAGACCGAGCACAGCGGCACAAGUCCGAAGCCACAGACCUACAACCCGAUACAGCAUCUACAGCAGUCCAGUACAAAUGCACGGCAUCUCUGAGGCAUGGAGGGAGGCCGGAUAGACCCAAGCCAGCCAAAAACAGCAAGCAUGACCAGCACCGUGGACACUUGACUCAUACAUCACUUGCACGAGUCCCGUUCUACGAACCCACAAAUCCCAGGUACGGUGCCAGAGCACCCACAACCACAACCAUAACCACAUCUACAUCCACAUGGUGUGUGUGGUGGACAUCAACAUCCUCGUGGUGUUAACAACGGUAAUCCACAAGAGAGACGUCCCAACCAAUGCAAAUCAAUCCGAUGCAAUACAAUCCAAACCCAGAACCAGAACCGAACCGAACCCAGACCCAGAACCACAGCUUUCUAGAAAAAACAACCCCCCACCAGAAGAACCAGAAGCAAAAAAAGAAAGAAAGAAAAGAACAAACAAUCCCAUGGAACCUAUCUCGAACGCCCAGCCUUCCAGUAGACUAGUACUUCCAGCACUCCCUCCCACUCCCAAAGGGAAUACUAGCUUACUGUGUAGUCUAGUCUACCAUCCCAGUCCGCAGAAUUUCCGCCCACCAGCGGAAAGAGCAAAAAAAGAAAAUAUACUCCGUACUUCGUCCGUACUAGGUAUACCAAAACCCCGACCCGGAGAUUCCCGAAAUUCUAAUCCGUACCGCUACCAUCCAACCCAAUAUCUUCCAGCAUUGGGAAUGAAAUCCUCACCAUCAUCUUGGACUACAAACACCACUUAAGUAUAUGUAUGCAUCAUCGAUCCCAACUAUCAAGAACAUCCAAUGAUUUCAAUUAAACGAUACUUACCUAAAAAAAUCCCUCCAUGGUGGUCCGAGUCAACCUGCUGAGUACAACCUACAACAGCCAAGAGCAAGAGCAAGAGCAAGAGCCGCACCAG